AUGCGCAGAGUUGUGACGCGAAGGAUACUUCAGCGACAAGACAUCUGCCUCUUCUGCGCCUUCAAACAUGGCGCCAACCUGCGUCCGUCGAACACCAUCAGGCCUCAGCGUCGCCUGUACAGGUCGAGUGCACCCGCACAUCGCCCGGCCGGAGCAGCGGCGGCUCGUAUAGAGGACGACGAUGAUGCACCAUCUCCUCCUCAGACCCGCGAACUAUUGGGCUGGAAAUGCCGCUGCAGUCACGUCAAUGCGACUCGGCGGUCGGAAUGUACAAUUUGUACCGCUUCACGUCCACAAAACGCGGAACUUGUCUAUAAGGUACAACAGCCUGUCCGAGCAGCCCCUCCUCCACCACCACCGCCCCCACCGCCACCUCCAAGAAGUCCAUCAUCCUCGGCCAACCCAGCGGCUCUUCCGUUCCGCAAGCCACAGUCUUUCGACACCCCAGAUCGGUCAGACCUGCCAUCUGCCUUUAGAGGCCGGAUCCCGCAGAACAGUCGUGGCAAUGUACUUGACCAGGCUGAUACCAACUUCAAUCAGCCGCGGUCUCGAGCACAGUACGGGCAAAGAGAUGAGAUACGAACAAGUAAUCGAACUGCCUACAACCCUGGUCAACGGGACCGACGAGAAGCGCCGAACGAUGGGCCAAAAAUACGUUUCCAUGGGAUGAACCAGCGUUCGUCGGAGCGCAGACCAGACGCAACCACCGCUACGUUUGAUCGAGCAGAAACGCCAUCAGGAAAUGAGACCCAGACUUGGCAGCCGUUUAGGAAGUCAGAGGCCAGUGUUGAACCGAGGCAACGCUGGAAUGAAAGGACUACAAUAAGAACGUGGAGGCCUUCCGACAGUAUCGUCGAUCCCGAACCGCCUGCAGACAAACUGGAUCGUGGUUCCUCGACAGGUUUGCGGAUUGGUGCUACUAUAAGUCCGACGGGCCGCGACAGGCCUUCUCGUACCGAAUUUCCGCGUCGGGAUGGCUUUGACGCAAGCAGGUCCCGCGGAAACGAUCAACAACAAAAUGCCCUGCCGCGAGAGAGGAGGCCACCUCCACAACAGUUCGCAUCUCCAAGCACUCGAAAAAUUGAACUAGACAAUGCGUCGGGUGAUGCUGAACCGCCAAUUGCCUCCACAGAAGAUCUUGUCGAUGGUUCUGAGGUUGAGCCUUUGACUCAAGAGGAGGAAGAGCGACUUGCGCGAAAACAACGGCUCGAGAAGGAUCGUGAUCGAAGAAGCAGACUUUACGACGUUGAAGGUGAGGAAUCGGAAUCUGUCACACAACGUCCAAAGUUUUCAACGGGGAAGAGCCGAAGCGUGUCAAAUAGGACGAGUAGUUUCGAUCCGGACGAGCUUGAUGAGCUCCUUGAUGGAGGCGGACGACGAAAGAAGAAGUCCAAACAGGCCAAAAAGGAGGUUUCGAAAGCACAGCGCCCAGAAAUCCAGUUACCAGAGUUUAUUAGUGUUGAGAAAUUGGCCCAAGGACUCAAAGUCAGACUGCCCGAUUUCAUAACCAAGCUAGAAGAGGAAGGGUUUGAGGGAGCACGCUACGAUCACAUUCUGGAUUCAGGCACUUCUGCCAUGUUUGCAGAAAUCUACGGGUUCGAACCUGUCAUCAACACCAUUGAUGCCACGGGUGAUUUGGUGGCACGACCACCACCAGAAGAUCCUUCGGUACUACCCCGUCGGCCGCCGAUGGUCACUAUCAUGGGGCACGUCGACCAUGGCAAGACUACGAUUCUCGACCACUUCAGAAAAUCAAGUGUGGUUGCAUCCGAACAUGGCGGUAUAACACAGCAUAUCGGAGCCUUUUCGGUCGUCAUGCCUGGUUCGGAGCGCAACAUUACUUUUCUUGAUACUCCCGGUCACGCGGCGUUCUUGGAUAUGCGCCGACGAGGAGCGAACGUGACAGAUAUCGUGGUUUUGGUGGUCGCGGCAGAUGACAGUGUCAAGGCUCAAACGAAAGAGGCCAUCAAACACGCCCAGGAGGCUGGCGUCCAGAUAAUUGUGGCAAUCAAUAAAGUCGACAAGCCAGAUGCGGACGUCGAACGAGUCAAGCUAGAUCUAAUCCAGCAUGACAUUGUCGUCGAGGAUCACGGUGGAGACUAUCAAGCUAUCCCAGUCAGCGGAAAGACCGGCCAGGGUAUGGCUGAUUUGGAGGAAGCAAUCUUGACCUUGGCGGAUGUCGCUGACUUCCGUGCCGAGGCUGAUGGUCCAGCAGAAGGUUGGAUCAUUGAAAGCAAGGUCGGUGUAGCUGGUCGAGUCGCGACCGUCCUGAUUCGUCGUGGCACUCUAAGGCCGGGCGACUUCAUCGUUGCCGGCACCACUUGGGCUCGAGUCCGAACUCUAAGAAAUGAUUCUGGUCAAUUGAUUGAGGAAGCGCCCCCCGGUACGCCUGUUCAGAUCGACGGAUGGCGCGGAGAAGAUCCCAUGGCUGGCUCUGAGGUGCUGCAAGCUGAGACUGAACAGCAGGCCAAAGAUGCUAUUGCAGUGCGCCAAGAAAGAGAGGAAGCAGCUCGGGCCAUGGGUGACAUGGAGGCCAUCAAUGUUGCUCGCGCUGAAGAAGCUGACGCUCGCCAAAAGGUGCUUGAAUGGGAGAAAGAGCAGGGAUACAUGGCUAUGAAGGCGUAUCGACGACCUAAAGACAACGAAGGCUGGAUUGAGAAGGAGUCCGCUGGACCAAAACAGGUUCAUUUUGUCAUCAAAGCCGACGUUGCUGGCAGUACCGAAGCACUUGUUGCAGCGGUCAGCGCAAUUGGUAACAAGGAGGUUGUUGCAGAUGUCAUUCACAGCGGUACCGGUGAGCUUACUGAGUCGGACGUCAAGCUGCUCGCUUCUACGGGAGAGGUUGGGUAUGCUAUCUCUUUCAACCAGCCGAUCGAUGGUUCCAUUCGGCGUCUUGCAGAAGCCGCGAAACUGCAGAUUCUCGACCAUAAUAUUAUUUACAAAGUCACGGAUGUGGUGACAGAAAAGCUAUCCGACGAGCUUCCCUCGAUCAUCACCCAAAGAGUAUUGGGCGAGGCCGAAGUCGGCGAGAUCUUCGAGAUAACCGUCAAGAAGCAAAAGAUCAAGAUCGCAGGUUGUCGCAUUUCCAAUGGAACCGUUCGCCGCUCGGAGAAGAUUCGAGUAUCCCGAAACGGCGAAGUGGUUUAUACUGGUAUGCUCAACUCGUUCAAGAACAUCAAGAAAGACGUGACCGAAAUGCGCAAGGGCUCUGAAUGCGGCAUGGGUUUCGAGAACUGGGAUGAAUUCCAAGUCGGCGACCAGAUUCAGUCGUUUGAAGAAAAUCAUGAGAGGCGGAACCUGUACUAGACGGCCUUGGACAGCCUUGUCGGAUCCAGAAACCAGAAGUAUCAUGUGUGCGAAACAUGAAACAGGCCCGAAAAAGAUGAGGCGGCUGUGCAAGCAAGACACAAGGCUGACCCCUUAUUCCGGUUUGGACGCUUCUCAGCCAAUCAGUCGGUAUAGAACAUCCGGUCUUGGCGACAGACCUCACCCGCCCGACCGUUCUACUACAAUGUCUCUCACCUCGUUGCCAACCAUUGUUCUCUUGCAUUUCCGUCUCCGACGACUGCAAGAUAUCUUCGAGAGAAUACAUGGUUUUGUUUCACAAAGUGAAGAGGACAUGUUUUAUACAUCUAUGAUUCUAAAACCGAGAACAAUAUGCAGGCGCCAGUAGAGAACAAUCAAUCUCCCUCCGUCUGGCGAGCCAUUCUUGAAGAUAUGGCCGAGAGCAUAUAGAUAAGGUAGAGAUGUACAAUAUCACACGCACACAUCCUCCCAUUCAUUCCAUC